AAAAACUAUUGUCAAUGUAUAGAAAACCGAUUGGGAUGAAAAAUUCAACGUUAUUUUCGAAAUGAGUGUUAGAAAUGGUAGUCCAAAUUGUAAUAAAAAAUCAACACCACCGACAAAAGAAAAAGUACGGAAUCCCUUCGAUAAAGUUUUAAUUGAAAGGUUACAUAAUCCAAUAUGCAGUCCGGGGAUGUGCAAAAUCUACAAAAAACAAAAAAGUGGUUCAUUCCGAUGGGAUAUAGAUCAAAAAUGUACAUUGUUACCAGCUGACAUUGUAGCAUGCAGUAGCCAAUUCGAACCGACGCCAGAUCCUGUGCUGGAGAAGAUUGCAGAGGAAGCAAACGAGAAAUUCUUUUCCCAAGAGUUGGUGGUUCCAAGUCCACUAGAAGUAUCCAAAAAAAUUAAACCACUUUUAUUAUCAUCAACUGAGAGUAACUUAACAGUUACUAGUUUAAUAAGUGAAAAAGUUGUGGAAGUAAGAGAUUUUGCAGCUCAAACAGUGCUCACUCUACCACCGGAACUGCCUCCUGAAAUUGAAUCCAUGCUACAACAAUUCUGCACUUUUACACAGGAGCAAGAUAUAUCCGGUGAAUAUGAAAUCACAGCCAAUGGAUCACUGAGACGUCAGUUAAUUUUUGAGGAACACAGUGACAUGGAACAUGAUGACUCAGAGCAGACUGAUGAUGAGAUUCAUGUAGAACAACGCCCACCAUCCAGCUUCGAAACUCACACACGUGUUCUAGUUAGUCCUAAUUUAUCUCGUGAUGUUGUGACAAAAGGCAUGAAGAGGACCUUUGGCACACCUUUACAGAUAAGCCAAAAUGGUGGAAAGCCAUGUUAUCGAAACAAAAUACUUGAUAUGGUGGACUUUGGAGAGCCUUGUUUCAGUCCUAUUGAGUUUCGAACACCGAAGCGUAAUCAGACAUCUUCGGCUACGUCAUCCUCUUUAGCUUCUGUGUCAAUAUCUCCAGUUACCAAGGCAUCCAGUGAUGAAGAGAAAAACAACUUCACGUCACCGGAAUCUGAGGCCAUGGCGACUUGCCUCGACUGCGUUGUUUCUUCGUCUGACAGCAAAGCGAAGGCUUCGUGCUUUUGUAAUAUUGCACCAAACAAAUCCAUUGUCAGAAGGAGCACUUCUCUCAAAGACUCGCCUCGCCAUUGCAGAAGAGGUUCCUUCUCAGAGAAACGCAGUCAGAGCAUGUCCAGUUUGAAUAGGAGUCGCUCAGUUCAGAAGUUGGAUUUCAGUAUGGACAUGAGUAUAGAUGGUUCUAUACACAAUGUCUCUCAAGCGGAAUCCGAGAGCUCUCCAAAAGGAAAACAAGUGUCUUGGUCUAUAGAAGAAAAUUCUAGCAUACAAUUAGUUAAAUCUGAUCCAAUUGAGAUCGAACAACAGUCUUCCACACAACUAAUUAAUGUUAACGCAAUAUUAGACGAAACACCAGUGAAGAGCAAACACAAGAAGAAUGUUCUAGCACACGAGAUUAGUAAAAUUCGCGCGCCCUUGAGAUUGAGUCCAGGGCGUGAUAUGUCUUUAGAUAGUAGCUUAGAUAAUUUCGACAUACCUCUGUGUAUGGAGGAGAAGAAGAUAGACUUUAAUAACAUUGAUCUCAAACUAUUGACUGAUAAUGUUUCUCAAUUCGAGUACAAUUCUAAUGGAACUCGUGCAGAGAGUUCAACAAGCUUUAAAAGAGUUGACAGCGGCUUUACAGAGAACACAUUCUACGCGUCUAGUUAUUACGAAAGUGCCAUAAAACCCUCCGAGUUGACUGUAACGAACCCAAAGAUAAAUACGACAGCUUUGAAAGAAAUAUCUAAUAUUAAUUGGAUGAGAGUCGACAGCGGUUUCAAAGAUGAGACGUCAACCGACAGUAUGCAAUUUUACUCCAACGAUAGUUCUGCCAAGAGAGUGUUCAGGUUUUCUGAAGCUAAAUUGCCUGACAAAGAGAACAUUGGGGAAUAUGAUAAGUUCCUAAAUAACACACAGAAUAACAGUGAAGCGAUAUCCAUGUCCGACAUAUUUACGGAUGACAUGACCUUCAAUUGUAACUUUUCAUCGACACCAUCCAAAACGAAGUCGCGUAAAGUUAAUAAUUUUGAAUAGAAGCGGCUGAUAGUUCGUGGAAGUUUAUAAUAGUAGGGGAGCCCGGGAUGCUAAAUUUGGAGUUACUCGACCGUCAUGGGGAGCGGUUGCAUUUGGUAGAUUACAUUAUAGGAAGAAUAAAUGGUUAAAAACUUUUUUUGCUUUUAGCGGUGGAAAAAAAACUACAGACUUUAAAAGUAAUUUUCAUUACUUUGGCUUAUUAAAAUUGUCAGUAAAAUUUUAGCGAUUAAUUAGGAGGUUAUUUCCUUCAAAAUAAGUAAAAAAUUUAUCGCGCUCGUAACUCGAGAACUACACUAUGAGGGUUUUAUUUUGUAACUUUGAAACGAUUUUCGAAAUGUGCAGUUUUUAGCUAUCAACUCACCUACCUACCUUAUCUUAAUCUGACGUGCUGGUUGAGUAUUUCUGAAGUUAGUUUUGUUUUGCCAUAAAAGUAUCCACCAAUAUUAAGGGCUCGUACUUGGUGGAGGUACUCAACAACAUGCAAGGUAUAGCCCCUUAUGUUUAUCUGCCGCGCUCAAGUAACUGCAAAAAUCCCCUCUUCGGCUCCUCUACUAUAAUGUGCAAUGAAUAACUACUAAAUAACAGGCAGAUAAGGCUUGACAACUACGCCUACAUGGAAUAGCACUUUGUAAUGUGGAAAAAACAAAAAGCAUUGUUAUUUAGACGAAUUUGUUACAUUGAAAGAAUUUGUUUUUCAUUGCAUAUGUAUUUAAAAUUAAGAUGAAAAUUAGUUAAAUUCACUCUAAAGUUUUUGAGGGUAGGUGUAUUUUUUAAAGAAAAUUAUGACUUUUUAUGCAUUUAUUAGUUUUAGGGAUUGUUCUGAGUGGACGUACGCAAUAUUGUGAGGGUGUGUGUGUCCGUGUGUUAGUUAAGCUGAAAUGUAAGAUUUUUCUUAUCUGUAUGAUAAUUUCAAAUAUCACAUUUCUAUUAAAAUAUUUUAGUCUUUGGGCCCAGGAACAAAAUAUUUAUUCAUGAGCAUACUGUUCAGUUUUUUAUGUGAUUUCACGUCGAGUGGAACAAAAUUAUGAUCGUAGCGCUCCAUGGUGGUAGGCGUUUUCCUCCCAAGCCAUCUUCCAGACUUCGGUGCCUCCCAUAACAAAUACGCUCUCUGAAAUUGUUCGACAAGGUUACCUAUAGAUUCCAAAUAUCUUUAUCUGGUCGUCUCUUAGGUUGUAGCUAAUUUUACAUUUAUAAAAUAAUUUGCUGUGCGCUGUUGAGCACGAGUCUCCUCUCAGAAUUAUAGGAAUUAGGCCAAUAGUCCACCACGCUAACCCAAUGCGGUUUAGCAGACUUCACACACAUAGAGAGAUUAAGAAAGUUCUCAUUCAUGCAGGUUUCUUCACAAUGUUUCGAGACGCGUGAAUAUUAUAUUUAUUUUUUAAAAUGCACAUAACUGAAAAGUUAAAGGAUCGGAUUCGAACCUACGCCCACCGGAUCACCGGAGGCAGAGGUCAUAUCUACUGGGCUAUCAUGGCUCUACCACCAUGGUUACUCCGAGUAUAUAUCAUUACUAUAUAUUAUUUAUUUUGAAGGAAGAAACAUAAUAUAUGCAAAUCUUACAUUUUGGUACAGUAAUGUAAAACAUACAAAUUACAACUCCCUCUCAAAAUUGCUUGUUUCCUCUUCGGCUAUGUUAUUAAGUGGCGUGUACAGUACAAGACAACAUAAAUUAUAAUUUUAAAUUCAGAAAAAAACAAUUACAAGGUUACCGUUUUAAAGGUGUUAUUCAUUUAAAAAAAAUAAGAGAACCACAUAGUAAUUUUAUAUAUAAAUAAUAUAUGUCUAAAUUGUCAUAUUACGAGUAUAUAGAUACUACUUAAUCAAAUUAUAACAAUGAAUUGAUGAUCACUAUAAUUCGAAAAUCGGACUGUAAAACACGUUUUGUAUGAUGUUAGGGGUGGUUAAAACAAACAUACAAACAUGCGAAAAACAGAAAUAAUCGAUAGGGAUAAUUUUGCAAGACAACAUAAGUUUUACAAUGUAUUUUGUACAUGCCACUAUAAAAUAUUGUAUGAUUUUUGAUUAAUAGACAUUUUUGUGGAUCCAUUAUUGUGGACUUUUUUAUUUUUUUUUAUUUAAUAAAGUAAGUGACUUAAACAAUUCAAUUGCUUGAUUUGGUUUAUUUUAGAGAUUGUGUAAUCAUUGAUUGACUUGGCUAGAUGUUUAGUAAAAUAAAAUAUAAAGACUGAAA